AUGAAGAGCAUUUAUCUCAGAUGCCAAAAACUUUCUGAGGGGAGAUUAAGCCCACUCGGCCUUUUGGCUGAGCCUUCGGGAAAUAUAGGAUUCACCGGCCUCAGACUUGAUCGGAUGUGUCAUCACUGGCACUAUACAGCUGGCACCCCGAGCUCUUAUAACGGUGUCGACUUGUUUCAGGGCAAUGACUAUUUAAGGUCUCUUUUUGAGGGGAGAUUUAGCCCACUUGGCCUUUUGGCUGAGCCUUCGGGUAGUAUAGGAGACACCGGCCUCAGACUAGAUCGGACGUGUCAUCAUUGGCACUAUAAGAACCGACAUCCCGAGCUCUUAUGA